GUUUGCCAACAGUCAGUAGGCAUCGGACCAUUGAGGACAUAAGUCAGUAGAAUGAACCGAGUUACGGCAAGUUUACUUAUCCUGGCUGCUCUUGCCGUGGGAGUUCAUUCCGCAGCCAUAGAUGCACCGAUUGACUUUUACAAACUGUACGAUAAUCCAGAGGCCCACAUUAGCCUCAAGAGCAAGGCAACAACGGCUGACCGCACUGCCGCCCACGGAUAUCCCUCAGAGCAUCAUCACAUAGUUACCGAAGAUGGUUACAUCCUGGGAGUUUUUCGCAUCCCCUACUCCCACAAGUUGCAGAACCAGAACGUGAAGCGACCCAUUGUCCUUCUACAACACGGAUUGUCGAGCUGCUCGGAUGCUUGGGUUUUGCAGGGACCCGAUGAUAGUCUACCAUAUUUGCUGGCGGAUGCGGGAUUCGAUGUUUGGAUGGGCAAUGCCCGUGGAACUUCCUAUUCGAGAAACCACACGACGCUCUCCACGGAUCACCCACUUUUCUGGCAAUUCAGUUGGCAUGAGAUCGCCAUCUACGAUAUAACCGCCAUUAUUGACUACGCCCUUGGUACGGAGAAUGGUCAGGGCCAGGAUGCCAUCCAUUAUGUUGGUCAUUCGCAGGGUACCACCGUAUACUUUGCCCUGAUGUCCUGGAUACCCGAAUAUAAUGAUAAAAUCAAAACCGCUCACAUGUUCGCCCCGGUGGCCAUAAUGAAGAACUUGUCCAGCAGAUUGGUGCGUGCCCUGGGUCCAUAUUUGGGUCACAGGAACACUUAUUCAGUGCUUUUUGGCUCACAGGAGUUCCUGCCUCAUAACGAGUUCCUCAUGGCCAUAUUCUUCAAUAUGUGCCAACCGGACUUUAUGUUGCGUCCUGUGUGCGAGAGUGCCGUGGCAACACUUUACUCAGGAGGUCGUGUGAAUAUGACUGCUAUGCCGGAAGGUAUGGCAACACAUCCGGCAGGCUGUUCCACCGAUCAAAUGCUGCACUACCUCCAAGAACAGCAGUCGGGCUACUUCCGGCUAUUCGAUCAUGGCACCAAGAAGAACCUGAAGGUCUACGGAUCUGAGGAGCCUCCAGAGUAUCCUGUCGAGUUGAUCGAUUCCCUGGUGCACAUGUGGUACGCCGAUAACGAUGAUCUGGCCGCUGUGCAGGACGUCGAGCAAUUGGCCAAAAGAUUGCCCAAUAAGGUGAUGCACCACAUGGCGGAUCCGGAGUGGAAUCAUGGCGAUUUCUCCCUGAACAAGGAGGUUCGCAAAUAUGUCAACGAGCCAGUUAUAGCCAUCAUGGAGGAAUUUGAGUUGGAGAACGGUGGGACGUGAUGGAUUGGUUGCCUAAUCUCAGAUGUACUUCAUACAUGCGGUAGUCGGAUUUAUUUUAAGUUUACAGAUAAGCUAGUCACACUUAACCAACAGUUAUUUACACAGAGAAAAUAUUUCAAUAUAUUUAUAUAUAUUAUUUAACAUAAAAAAGUCGAUAAUAAAAUAAAUAUAGAAA